GCCAAGGGGGGGACCAACUUCCAAGUCCCUAACCAAUAGCCAUACAUUUUCUGGGACUUUUGGAGUAGAACUGCUUGAAAGUAGAAAAGCAUGGCAACAGUGACAGCUUCACACUUUGUUUCGAGGACUUCCCAUGGAGCUGAAACUAAGGCCAAUCUGAGUCAGACAGGGUUGAGGAAUCAAUCCAUGACUCACAAUGGGUUGAGGUUUUUAAACAAGGUAGAUAGGUUGCAGAUGAGGACCAAUGCAAAGGCUGUUGCUAGGAACGCAGUGAAAGAUGAACACCCAACUGCAAAUGACAAGCUUUCUGGGAAAAUUAUAUGUGGAACAGGGAUGAAUAUUAUCUUUGUGGGAGCUGAGGUUGGUCCAUGGAGCAAAACUGGUGGACUUGGUGAUGUUCUUGGCGGACUUCCUCCUGCAAUGGCGGCCAAAGGACAUCGUGUUAUGACAGUGUCUGCUCGGUACGACCAGUACAAGGAUGCAUGGGACACUUGUGUCACAGUUGAUCUAAAAGUUGGGGAAGAGAUUUUGACUGUCCGGUUCUUCCACUGUUACAAACGUGGAGUUGAUCGUAUUUUUGUUGAUCACCCUGUGUUCCUCGAGAAGGUAUGGGGCAAAACAGGAUCCAAAAUCUAUGGCCCUAGAGCAGGUCUGGACUACAAGGAUAAUCAAUUGCGAUUUAGCUUGUUAUGUCUGGCUGCUUUGGAGGCACCAAGAGUUCUGAAUUUAAAUAGCAGCAAAUAUUUCUCAGGACCAUACGGAGAAAACGUUGUCUUCGUUGCCAAUGAUUGGCACACUGCUCUUCUUCCGUGCUAUUUGAAAAGCAUGUAUCAAUCAAGGGGAAUCUAUAUGAGUGCCAAGGUUGCUUUUUGCAUCCACAAUAUAGCCUAUCAAGGGAGAUUUGCCUUUGAAGAUUACUCACUUCUCAAUUUGCCUGAUCAAUUCAAGAGUUCAUUUGACUUCAUGGAUGGGUAUGAUAAGCCUGUCAAGGGAAGGAAAAUCAAUUGGAUGAAGGCUGGAAUUUUGGAAUCACACAGGGUAUUGACUGUAAGUCCAUACUAUGCCCAGGAGCUUGUUUCCGGUGAAGAUAAAGGUGUUGAACUCGAUCACAUCAUUCGUAAAACCGGCAUCACUGGAAUUGUGAAUGGCAUGGAUGUUCAAGAAUGGAACCCUACCACUGACAAAUACAUCAGUGUCAAAUAUGAUGCAACAACUGUAACGUAUGCAAAGCGAUUAUUAAAGGUAGCUCUUCAAGCAGAACUUGGGUUGCCUUGUGAUGAGAAUGUUCCAUUGAUUGGGUUCAUCGGUAGGCUAGAAGAGCAGAAAGGUUCAGACAUCUUGACAGCAGCUAUUCCAAAAUUCAUUGGACAGAAUUGUCAGAUUGUUGUCCUUGGAACUGGUAAAACGGCCAUGGAGAAGCAGAUUCAACAGCUAGAGACCCUAUAUCCUGGAAAAGCUAUAGGAGUAGCCAAAUUCAAUGUCCCAUUGGCCCAUAUGAUUUUUGCGGGUGCUGAUUACCUUUUGGUUCCUAGUAGAUUUGAACCAUGUGGUCUCAUUCAGCUGCAAGCUAUGCGAUAUGGAACUAUACCAAUAGUGGCAUCUACUGGUGGACUAGUUGACACAGUCAAGGAAGGAUUCACAGGGUUCCAAAUGGGAGCCUUCAAUGUUGAAUGUGAUACAGUGGAUCCAAGAGAUGUAGAUAAGGUGGCUAAAGGUGUCAUUAGAGCUCUUGCAACGUAUGGCACUGGAGCCAUGAGAGAAAUGAUCCAGAAUUGUAUGGCACAAGAUCUUUCAUGGAAGGGACCAUCAACGCUGUGGGAGAAAAUAUUGUUGAGCUUAGAGGUUGCUGGGAGUGAACCGGGUAUUGAAGGAGAGGAGAUUGCUCCACUAGCCAAGGAAAACAUUGCCACUCCCUGAAUGUGGGUGGAGUCUAAUUUUUUCCUGAGUUCCAUUACAGAUUUCUGCAAGCAAAAUUCGGGAGCAUCAUCUGUUAACUGUUGACAGCCAUUUGCUUCAACGGUGGAAAACCAACUCCCUUGUUCUGCUCUGUAGUAAAUACUAUUUUUGAGGUUGAAAAGUUAAAAAAGGCUUCGUAUAAAGGAUAUAUGUAGUAGUCAAAAAGUGUUAUCUCAAGACUAAAUGGAGAAUCGAUUUCACUGCAUAUAGCUGUUAUGGGUUAUAUGAAGUAAAUAAACUUCAACUUCUAAUUCCGGUUCGAAA